AUGGAUAAUGGGGAUGUUUACUAUUCACAUAGCUCAGAUGAUUGUGAUGAUGUAUCUUCAAAUGGGCAAGAAACCGAAUCUCCAUUUGGUGGUAUGAGUUAUUCUCAAAAUAGAGAGGAUGAUGGAACUUUGCAAGUUGAUUCACAAAACAUAGAAUUAACUCCUUUAAUCCAGCAAGAUCAAGACAUCCCAAAUAUUUUUGUUCAUGCUGCAGAAUCAUCAAUUGAUGAGCCACGCAUUGGAUUGGAGUUUAAAUAUGAGGAGGAAGCAAGGAGAUUUUAUAAUAUCUAUGCAUAUAAAACUGGAUUUAGCAUACGAAAAGCUAGUCAGUACAAAGCAAAAAGGAAAAAUAAUAUGGUUACAUCGCAUUACUAUGUUUGCUCAAAAGAGGCAAUUACAAAUCUCGAGCACAAGUGCAAGGCAAUUUUUGGCCAGCAUCCUAAAUCCAUUAUUACUGAUCAAGAUCCAGCAAUGAAAAAAGCCAUCAAGCAGGUUUUUCCAAACACCGUCCACAGAUGUUGCCAAUGGCAUGUUAUGAGAAAAGCUAGAGAAUAUUUGGGUGUACUUUAUAACAACAAAGAAGGUUUUAAGAAAGAACUUGAAUCAUGUAUCAAUAAUAGCAUAACUGUUGAGGAGUUUGAAACAAAAUGGUCAAUGAUGCUUCAAAAUUUUGAAUUGCAAGACAACAGUCAUCUUCAGGUUAUGUGGAAUAGUAGAGAAAGCUGGGUACCUGUAUACUUUAGAGAUGCAUUUUUUGCUGAAAUGUCUACAUCACAACGUAGUGAGAGUAUGAAUGCUCUUACUAAGAUUUACACAGACUGUCAUACAUCAAUUUAUAAGUUUGUAACACAGAUUGAAAAGAUGGUUGCUAGUCGAUAUGACAAAGAGGAUGAGGCAGACUUUAGAUCAGGAGAUGGCAAGCCUAGUUUGUGGUCACAUAAUCCAAUUGAAAAAGAAGCUCGGGAGGUGUACACAAGGCGAGUAUACUCUGAAUUUAAAAAUCAGCUAAGAGCUAGUACAGGAUAUGAGGUAACAGAAUUGAAAGAAAAUUUGUCAUACAAGGUAAGCAUAAUGCCUGAUUCUACUUUACCUUAUCAAAGAGUACAAUCUUACACAGUUAGUAUUAAUCCAAGUAAAGAAAGAGUUGAAUGUAGUUGUAAGUAUUUUGAAUUUAGUGGUCUUUUAUGCUCUCAUGCAUUAAAAGAUAUGAUUCAUCUUAAUAUGCGUAAAAUUCCUCCUGACUAUAUUAUGAAACGAUGGACGAAAGUGGCAAAAAAAGGAUCCCUUAGCAUGAAAUUAAGAAACAUAGAAGCUGGUGAUUCCUUAAAUUCGAAAGCUUUAAGAUUCAACGCACUCAGUCUUAAAGUACAGAAAAUACCAUUUGAAGCUUCAAAGAACUUUGAGUCAUAUCAAAUGGCAUGUGAAAAAAUUGAUAGACUUGUUGAGGAGAUCAUUUCACUAAAUCAAGCCUUGAAAGAGAAACAAGGAGAUAAUAUUGCUGAUGAUAUUGGAGAUGAACAAGCCUUGUCAAUGAGAUCAUCUCACUUUGUACCAUUAGCUGAAAAGAUUAGUAAAGAAGGCAUUAGUGAAAGUGACGUGAAGGAAGAGAAACUAAUUAUGAGGGAUUGUAGAAUUAAAGUGCUAUUAGUCUUUUAA